AUGCCUCCCGACGCAAAGACGAAGAUCCGCCCACAACAGUCGUGCCAUAGAUGUCGCGAGCGCAAAGUGAAGUGCGACCGCUCCAUCCCCUGCCACGCCUGCAUAAUCCGCGGCCUCGAAGCAGAAUGCACAUACCUAACGACAGCCGAGGAUCGCGCUCAUAUCAGCCAGUCCGAGAUCAUCGAUCGAUUGCGCCGCGAAGUCGCACAGCUGCGGGAGCACUUGAGCCAAAGCCCGCGAGAGCAGGGGUAUAGCAAGCGCCCGAGCCCGAGCCCAGAUCAAGGAAGUGGGAAGAGCAGGAGCUGGAACCAACAGGGCUCUGGCUCUGGUUCCAGCUCUGGCUCUAGCUCUGCGCAUACGGGUUAUGUCCAUGCGAACGCGGACAGCUAUGGUCAUGGCAAUAUUUCUGGUUAUGUGACUGGCGCUGGCGCUGGUCCCGCUUCGUCCCGGGGCACACCGGAUGCUGGGGAUGAGAGCUGGCGUGGGUCGUCACCAGCCUCGACGAUGACGAAUUCGGUGGUUGUUACGAGUCCUGAUAGUACGGGGAGUGAUAGUGGUGUCCGGUCGGCGUCUGUCUCGUCGCGGUCGGUCUCUGCUUCUGUUUCGGUCUCGGCGUCGGCUUAUCCUGUCGGGUCGGGGUAUGUGCCGCAGAUUGCGGAGUUGGAUGAGUCGACUACGGUUGAUCCGCUUGCUUGUGGGGAUUAUCUGGAAGAUACGGCAAUGGCUGGUUGUUAUGCGGCAGGUAUGGGCUUCGCUCCAGGGGACAUGUCCGGAACAGUCCCAGCCCCAAUGCAAGGACUCCCAACACAUGGGCUACAUCCGCAGAAUGCAAUGUGGAGCCUAGAUCAUCCGCCACUAUAUGGGACCGACAACUCUCAGUAUCUACUCGACGGGCGCAAGAUGCUCCCAUACUACUAUGCACAAGAUCCGCACUACGCCACACCAUUACCGAAAUCAACAAUAGCACAUUACGGAGAGGAAUAUCCAGCAUCAAGAAUUGAAGACGAGUCGCAUAACCCAUAUCAUCAGCCGGGUGUAGACGCCUACGGCAAUCCGAAUCCGAAUCUAAAUCCAAAUCCGAACCAAUUCUCGCAGCUGCAUCCAUACCAAACCCCGACUCAUUAUUCAGAUAUCAACUCCUUUAACAGCAUGGACGUCACCGCAUUAUCAAAUCCAAACUUCUCUCUGUCUACCCCGACACUCGUGGCUGGCGAUUCCUCGAGCCAUGCCAGCCCCAUUUCUCAGGAUCGUCCUUCACCCACAACGGUCAUGAAUUCCAUGCCGAACUCCUGGAAGGGUGAAGGAAAACAAGAACUGCUAGAAAUCCUGCUGAAAACGAUUUCCAGCUGCGACGAGGAGCAGUUGCCGCAGGUGAUUCAGGUCCUGCGAAUGAGUCCUUCACCUGAGGAGGCUGUUUCGGGUGUUUGUCGGGUUCUUGGGCUUGGGAACAGGGGGAUAACCAUGGGAUGA